ACGAAAAGAAUCAAAAAGGGGGAAUGACUCUUCCUCCUGCGCACGGGAGGAUGAGCAGCAGCUUCCCCAGAAAACCCAACGCAACAAGAAGAAGGUGAAAAGAGAGGUUUUUCCAGCCUUCCGCCAAUGGCGACGAGCUCGGGAGCAUGAUCAUCGGCCCACCCUCUCCUCUCCUCCGCCUUCAAAUCCCUCACGGCAAAUCCCUCCCUCGCUCCCAAUUGCCCCCCCACCCGCAACCCCCUCUCGCCGCCCCCUCCGCCUCCGCCUCCGCCGAUCCGUGCCCCCCUCCUCCGGCGACCACCGCCGGGGCGGAGCCAUGAACCCCCCCGCCGCGAACUCGAGCGCCAGCCCCCUGGUGUCGCCGACGUCGUCGCAGUCGCUCACCAAGACCGUGAACGGAUCCCACAGGUUCACGAUCCAGGGGUACUCCCUCGCCAAGGGCAUGGGCGUGGGGAAGCACAUCGCGAGCGAGAACUUCACCGUCGGGGGAUACCAGUGGGCGAUUUACUUCUACCCGGACGGGAAGAACCCGGAGGACAACUCGGCCUACGUGUCCGUGUUCAUCGCGCUCGCCAGCGAGGGCACCGACGUGCGGGCCCUGUUCGAGCUCAAGCUCCUGGACCAGAGCGGCCGGGGCAAGCACAAGGUCCACAGCCAUUUCGAUCGGUCGCUCGAGGGCGGGCCCUACACGCUCAAGUACAGGGGGAGUAUGUGGGGGUAUAAGCGUUUCUUCAGACGGGCUAUGCUUGAAACAUCAGAAUUUCUUAAAGAUGACUGUCUCAAGAUCAAUUGCACUGUGGGUGUUGUGGUCUCAGAAAUAGACUGUCCAAGAUUACAUUCCAUACAAGUUCCCGAGUCCGAUAUUGGUGCACACUUUGGCUUCUUGCUGGAGAAUGAAGAAGGCUCCGAUGCUACCUUUAAUGUGUCUGGGGAAAAGUUUCGUGCUCAUAAGCUGGUAUUAGCGGCUCGAUCUCCUGUAUUUGAGGCUGAAUUCCUGAAUGCGAUGGAGGAAGACAAUGACGAAGUAGUUAUAAGUGAUAUGGAACCUAAAGUCUUCCAGGUACGUUUUGGUUUCCUUGCUUUAAAUAUAGGCUGCACAGCUCGAAUUAUGGACUAUCCUCCUUCUUUCUGGCUUCGCAUUCCUUUUAUCUUAGUAUCCUGUGUAUUUAUGGAGCAGGCUUUGCUACAUUUCAUCUACAAAGACACUUUGGAUGAAGACGAGGAGCUUUCAAUACCAAGUGCCUUUUGCAGUCCAUCAGAAAUGCCGGUGGCAAAGCUUCUAGCUGCUGCAGACAGAUACAAUUUGCCUAGAUUGAAACUGAUCUGUGAGUCCAUUCUCUGUAAGGGUAUAUCUGUGGAUUCUGUUGCCAGGAUCUUGGCCCUUGCUGAGCAGCAUCAUGCCAUGGAUCUAAAAUCUAUUUGUUUGAAAUUUGCUGCUGAAAACCUCGUAGCUGUUAUGCGCUCGGAUGGCUUCGAGUAUCUUAAAGAGAACUGCCCAUCUCUGCAGUCAGAGCUCCUAAAGACAGUCGCAGGAUGUGAAGAGCAAGUCAGUGGAGGAGGAAAUCGAAGUGUUUUUGCUCAAUUUUCUGAUGGCAAUGAAACAAAUAACAGGAGUAUUAGGCAACAAGACUGGGAUAAUUUGGCCGUGAGAAGUCAGAGCUUGUGGAUGCCCCUCUCCGACGGAGGAGAUGCAAGCGGUCCGAGCCCUGGCCCAGAAAGCUGAAUGGUAAAUAUGUUGCUUUGGAUGACCAAUUAACAUUUUCGUUUGCUGCCCGACCAAGAAUGUGAAAGAAAAGGACUACAUUGAAGAAUCAAAAGAGCGGGGGGAAAUUUUUUCCCUCCUCUUCCUUUUGUGUGUUAAAUCAUUCAUGUCUCUCAUAGAUUUGGGUUCUGUAGAUUAUUCCUGGAUUUCCUGAAUGUCAAAACAGCAGAGAAACUUGUCUGCCUUUAUUGUCUCGUUAUUCGACUUAUAUUCAGCUGAUCUGACUUAGCUCGAGCUGAUGAGCUGUUCUCUGUAUUCCUGGGAAUGCUGGAUUAAUAAUAGGGUGAUUUCAGCA